GCGGCGGCAGAUAAGGUUGGAGAGCGCGGCGGAGGAGCUCACAGCACACACGGGACAGGGAGAGGGAGGUACGGAGAGAGAGAGAGAGAGAAAGAGCGGAGAGGAGUUUAAAACAGAGAAACAACACACACAGUAGUCCCGUGAACAGACUGACAGCGCGAGAGAGGCGCAAGACCUCGUAGUUCCGACUGUUUUUACAACUUUUUUCAAACUUUUUCCUCUCGCGGGACAACGAGAGACAGAGAGAGAGAGGACGAGGCUCGAGAAGUUUGGGAAGCGGCUGCUAGCUCCUGCCCUUCUCCUCUUCUAUUCUGAGAGACAACACUUCAUUCACCAAGAGAGGCGAGCGCUUCUGAGUCGGACUUCCAGCUGAACUCCUCACACAGUGAGAGAGAGCUGUGGUGAAGAUCUCUACCGCUCGCUGGUGAGUGAAACGGCUCCUCCACUCUCAGACAAAGUUUUGGUUUCUCCUUCUAUGUCGACCAAGAUGGAAACUACUUUCUACGACGACUCGCUGAGCGCAGCCUUUUCGCAGCACGACGCCGCCGCUUUCGGAUACAACGCCAAGGUGCUGAAGCACAGCAUGACGCUCAACCUCACCGACCCGGCCGGCACGCUCAAGCCGCACCUGCGGGCCAAGGCCAGCGACCUCCUCACGUCGCCGGACGUGGGCUUGCUUAAGCUGGCCUCUCCGGAGCUCGAGCGGCUCAUCAUCCAGUCCAGCAACGGGCUCAUCACCACCACGCCCACGCCCACCCAGUUCCUGUGCCCCAAGAAUGUCACGGACGAGCAGGAGGGCUUCGCGGAGGGCUUCGUGCGGGCCCUGGCCGAGCUGCACCACCAGCACAUGCCCGGGACCUCGGCGCCCCCUCAGACCAGCACCACGGUCAACAGCUCCAUGGCGGCGGCCCCGGCCGCGGCAGCCUACAGCUCGGCCCCGCCGCGCGCCGACCCGCCGGUCUACGCGGACCUGAGCACCUUUAACCCUGCCAUCAGCAGCAGCGCGGCCCCGGGCUUCCCUGCCGUCAGCUACACCACCACGGCGCCUCAGCCCCUGGCGCCUCCACCACAACAGCAACAGGCGCCACAGCCGCUCCCCGUCCAGCACCCGCGGCUACAGGCACUCAAGGAGGAGCCGCAGACGGUGCCCGAGAUGCCCGGGGAGACCCCGCCGCUGUCGCCCAUCGACAUGGAGAGCCAGGAGCGCAUCAAGGCCGAGCGCAAGCGCAUGCGUAACCGCAUCGCCGCGUCCAAGUGCCGCAAGAGGAAGCUGGAGCGCAUCUCACGCCUGGAGGACAAGGUGAAGACGCUCAAGUCUCAGAACUCCGAGCUCGCGUCUACGGCCAACAUGCUGCGCGAGCAGGUGGCCCAGCUCAAGCAGAAAGUCAUGAACCACGUGAACAGCGGCUGCCAGCUGAUGUUGACGCAGCAGCUGCAGACCUUCUGAAGCGGGAACUCCAAGGAGCUGCAGAGAGGGCGCCGAGGAAAGAAGGGACAAACGGGCUGAAAGGACACGCUUGUGUAAAAGGGGCUGUGCACCAGAGCCUGCGGCGACGGGGGGCCGGUGAAGCCGUAAAGUGCUCCAGGACUGUCCCGGGGACCCUGUCUGGCCGCGUGCCGUGCAAAAGGACGUCCAGAUGUGGAGCUUACCAGACCUCCACCAAGCUGGGUCCACAGCACCAGACAGCAUGAAAGACUCACUCUGUUACUUUUAUUACUGUUGUUUUCUAAUGACGAAAGAAAGAGACUCAACCUUGUUCACUUUGACCAAGUCGUGCAUGGACCGAAGCGUACAGGCGCACUCAGUAUUAGAAAAAGAGAACUGCAUUAGGGACUCUGCUCGGCCCAUGUUGGCGGGCCACAGCAGGAAGUUGCGUCCUAUAAAGUUAAAAAAAGACCCUUUGAUAAGAGCUGCCUGACUUCUGAGUUGCAAAAUGUCAUUUUUGUUCUUCAGAUGAAUCAAAUCGACGUUAUUUGAGUUAGUCAAGCUUUCGACUUUUCUUUCGAAGUUUCUUUUUCUAAAAAGUUUCUUAAUGAGGUUUCACUCAUUGUUAUUUGUAAAUAAGAUCAACAGGGAGUACUUAAGUUUACCAUUUGUAAUAAAAAGUGCUACGUAAUUUUUUAUGUUUGUUUUCUGAGCUGAUCAGAAACUAAUCAAUAUUUAUGAACUGUAAUAAAGGAUGUCAAACGAAAACAA